CCGCCCACGCCCGCGGCGUCGCCGUUCCGGGACCUGCGGCUGGCCCGCUGGGACGCGCGCCGCCUCUACCAGGUGGUGGACUCGCUGGUGCCCGGGGACCGCUUCGCCGAGCUGUCCGCGACCUGGCCCGUCUGCCUCGCCACGCAGAGCUCCCUCGAGAGGCUCAGCUCGCUCGUGCAGGUGGCGCACCAGUGGACGGGCCCGAUGUCGGUGUCGCUGUUCGCGGCGGGCGAGGAGCUGCCGCUGGUGCUGCGCUACGUGCGCUUCCUGCGUCGCUGCUACGCGGCGGUGCGCGAGCGCGUCUCCUUCCACCUGGUCUUCCCCCGGGAGCGGCCGCCGUCCGCCGACGAGCCGCGCCGCGCCGCGCUGCUCGGCAACGACUGCCACACGCCGGGCGCCAUGCUCGGCGACCUCGUGCGCAUGCGCACCGCCGACACCAUCAGGUGGCGGACGCGCGCGCCCUACCCGCAGAACCACAUGCGCAACGUGGCGCGCGCCAACUGCCAGGCGUCGCACGUCUUCCUCACGGACGUGGACAUCGUGCCCAGCUCGGGGCUGGCGGAGGGCGUGGCCGCCUUCCUGCGCCGGCCGCGGCCGCCCGACUGCCAGGGCGGCCGGCUGUGCGCCUUCGUGGUGCCCACGUACGAGCUGGACGAGCGCGUGCGCUUCCCGCCCAACAAGUCGGAGCUGGUGCGGCUCGCGCGGAAGGGCCUCGCCCGGCCCUUCCACCAGAAGGUCUUCGUCUUCAACCAGUUCGCCACCAACUUCUCCAGGUGGCAGGAGAGCGGCGGCGUGGGGGAGCCCCAGGAGGUGCACGUCAGCCACAACGUCACCAACUUCGAGUUCCUGUACGAGCCCUUCUACGUGGCGCCCGCCACGGCGCCCCCGCACGACGAGCGCUUCAUGGGCUACGGCUACACGCGGAACACGCAGGUGUACGAGAUGUACGUGGCCGGCUACCAGUUCAAGGUGCUGUCGCCGGUGUUCACGAUCCACUGGGGCCUGCAGACCAAGAAGGGGCGUCCCUCGUGGCGCGAGCGACAGAACUCGCACAACGGCCGCCAGUUCGAGGCGUUCAAGCGCGAGGUGCUGGCCCGUUACGGCAAGGAUGUGCCUCCGCUGUCCGCCCGCAAGAGCAGGUAGCGCACCCGCAGGUAGCGGGCUACCCAUCUGCGCCAAGCCUGCCUCCAUCCUCGCUGGCAGUGCUUCCAGCUGUACUCGUCUACACUGGGCUUCGGUACGUUCCAGUGGCGGCAACCAUCACCAGAUUUCAACAGCUUUUUGAGUAUGGAACAGCUUUCCCACGAUGUGCUUCGGCUAGUGAUGUAACAGGAAAGCUUGUUGAAAGACUGAAAUACCUGAGUGUGCGUUUUUCAGUUCCCACAUUAAUUGCUCACAGUUACUAAGUCAGAUUUGUUUCAUAUGCUUUAUGCUACAACCAUCAGCAAGUAUGUCAGCAUUUCACAUCAUUGCUAACUCUGAUUUAGUGUUUAAGUGUACACUGAUGUGCCUAAAGUUGUGGGAAAUCUGUCAAAUAUACUUGGGACAUUCCUCACUCCACAUACAUUCGUAAUAUCUAUGACAUAUGGGAUCUAGUCAACAGAUGUCUCCUAGGCAGCCACUGUCUCUAGUAACCACACUGUCAAUGGGACGUUAAACUCUAAUCAUCCUUCCUUCCUUCCUCAGCAGCCCGAAACAGCAUUGGUGCUGCAGAUGGAGGAUUUUGGGCAUGGAAAAUGUUUGCUUGGAGUUUUAGGAGCAAUGGUCACAUUAGAAUAUUCUACUCUACAUGACUUCAUCUAUAGUAUAGAGAAGUCCAUGAAUCGUAGGGUAAAGAUGUUGUUUGUGCCAUCUGUAAGCCGUCAACUGCAGGCCUCUGUUGAUCACUGCACAACUCGUCCAAGGUUUUCCGCCGUAAUCGCGUUGUGGCUCUUCACUGGAUUCACAAAGUAAUGUCUGAGAGUCAUUCAUAGACAUUUAGUGCAACAUUAAUUAAACAAUUAGCCGCGUUAGUCCCACUGCUUCUGCUAACCCAUUGUUGGAUGCUGAACUACUUCGUACAACUUCCCAUUCAUCUCACAUAUAGCAAGUAAUCCGAAUGUCAAUAACAACAAUAAAUAUCAUUAUUUGUAAUCUAUGUUGUGAAAUAUGGUGGUACGUAACAUUCAAGCUUCUCGAUUAUUCAAGAUUACAGUCGGAAGGAAUUACCACUCUGAUGGCUCUGUUGUGCCCUUAAAUAAUCCACUUAGUAGUGUCACUUUACAGGAAUUCCACUCCACCGCCCCCCCCCCCCCCUUCGCCAUCCUCAUCGCGCUCUUUGCUAUCCUUUCUCCAACAGAGGAGCUGUAGCAUUUAUCACCCCCCUCCCCACCCCUUUCCUCUCGCUCCUCCUCUACGCCAGAAGUUGUAUGGAUGCGUGGAUGCAUCCAGAAACAUAUUCUAUCAUCUAGGGUGACAAUGUAUUUCGCAAUGACUGAUCUUUGAUCGAGACAUUCGACUAAAUUCUUCAGUUGCUGUCUGAAGACCUGGCAACAUCUGUUGUCAUCACAGCAAAUUCCCUCGCUUAUUACUCCAUAAGAAAUGCUACAUAGCAAGCUGUAUUCAGUACUGGUUCAGUUUAAUCAAUGACAUUUCAGGCUCUGCAACAUCCAAAUACAGAAUCAUUAACAUGAUGUUCAGAGGUUUGGCGACAAAUGACUCCCAAGACUAUGGCCAUUGCCAAAUGCUAAUAUUGAUUUACAAAACUGAAUUCUUGCUCUGUUGAAGAAAACAAUUGGGGUCCGCUAGUACGGAUAGCGUGCUGGUAGUAAAUUUCCAAAUUCCGACAGUCUGUCCUUAUGCCUCACGGGCGCCGAAUGGUACACGUAAGUCAUGCGGAAGUGUUUGGUGUGAAUGAAAACUCUAUAACAAAGCCUCAGAUACAGUUCUCAUACACCGUGUGAGAAAGGUGCCGGUAUGAGCAAAAGUAAACAUCCAUUCAACGAGACGGAUGGACAUAGCUUUUCGGACCCAUAGCUAACAGUGCCUGCCGAUUCUCGUGAGUCUUUAUUGGUAGAGGUAUGUUUGAUUUCGGGAAAAAUUUCCAAGCUGUGAUUUUUCAUACGACUCGUUAUUCUACCUUCGUGUUCCGAUAGUUAUUACUGUACCUUUAACCUUAUUGGAAGGAUGGACAAUGCACGCCGCAUCCAAGCUGGAAGUUUUGAUAACAGGCUACUUAUCUGUCAUAGUUCUAUUCGAUAUUACCGCAAGUUGCUUAUGCUAAUGCUAGUUUCCCACGACUGUAAGCAUUUCAGUAUUCUUCUCUUCUACAGCGACACUAAAACUUUGUUAGCCUGCAAUGAUGACCCAAGUUACAGUAGCGUAUGAAGAUAGAAUGUGCAACAACAGUACUACAACGAUUAACUCCAAAAAACUCUCUCUGUGUUACACGUGUUAGUGAUCAAAGGGCAUAUGACCUGUUCUUAGCAGUGCGAGUACUAGAAGCAGCGUGAGCUUCAUCCGAGGGAGUAUCUGAAUAAAAUUUAUUCAGCAGAAUCAGAGUCUUUGUUUUUUGGGACCCCAAACACUUUUCCAUACCUCUCAGCGAGUCUAACCGGGUAUCUCAGAAAUUAAGUUCCCAAGCUAGAACAUAGUUCCUUUAUAAAAUGUGUAAAUCCAAUGAAAUAGCGACAAGACACACGUCUUGGGAACGAAUAUUUGAGUCAAAUGGCUUUUCCAGAAACACGAAUUUUAUCUUCAGCUUAGUGGCAGACGUAAUACUCAGUAAUGAUAAUCAACCGGAAAAGUACGUGAACGUGAGAUGAAUAUAUUUCUGCUUCAGAUGUGCGAUUACAUUUGUAAAUUCUCUGCUGUGCUGACAUCGACAUCAGCAGAAAAAGAUCACGUACACCAAAUAUUCUUGGCAACCGAUACGAUCUUCAAGCAUCGUAUUAUUUGUGAGGAGCCUAUGGUACAAAAUACAAAAUUUUCGUGAAUAACGUUAGUAGUAGCAACUAUUUAUGAUAAAAAAUGAAGGAAAUAAACUGGCUAUGUCAAUAACAUUAUAUUCUGUUCUCUUCUGUAAGAACUGCUAUUAAUAGAGAAGAAGUCGAAUGUCUUUCUGUAUUAAUCUGUUACUAUGAAUGUUUGCGUUCUAUAAAUAUGCCCCACAUUCGUCUUAAUGCCAGCAGUGUGGCAUUUGAUGCAAUUAAUGUGCCAUAAGAGGAAAUUACGUUUUCAGUAUAAAGGAAUAUUUACAACGGAACAUUUUCCUCGAGAACUGGGAUAGGAAUACAAUUUAUAUUUUGUGUAUUACUACAUGGAAUUUAAAAUGGACUUAUAAUAAGGCGUGUUAUAGAACUGUUCUACAUGCUGGACAGUUUUAUAAAUACCGCGACAUGAUUUAUAAAUUCGGAAAUUUUGUAAAUUGUUUUCUACGUCCACAACGUUUCUCACGGUCAAAAAAUAUUUUCGACAACAUAGGAAGAAACGUAUGAAAAUCGACAUAAAUACUCCUUUUUGACAUAAACGUAAUGUAAUCGAAUCGAUCGUUUUGUCAGUAUGCUUCUUUUGCGGAUAAGCUGAGACUGAGAAUCUUGUAUCGUAAUUUAUUUCUUUUGUGGAUUCAAUCUUCUUUUGCAUAACUGUUCUAUUAAACGAUAAUGAUACUUAUUUCCAUGUCUCAUUUCUCAGUGUUAUCAAAAUGUAUUAAUAUGGUUUACACUCAGUUUGCCAUGCUGUCUCAAUAUCUUUUGUGGUUGGCAGCGUGUUGUGUUUUAAGUUUUUGAUACAGUAUAUGAAGAACCAAGUUAAAAUCUAUGAAAACUACAUAAUUUCCUCCACAGAUGAAUUGUAUUACUGACAUGGUUAAUCCUGUUAUUAUUUCUUUUAGUAACGAUAUGUAGAGCUGUCCAAAAAAUGUAACAUAUUUUGUAAUAUGUAUAAAUGUAUUUAAUUUUUCUGUGGUCGAAAAAACAUUUUUAAGAGUUCAUAACACAUGCCUGCAGACAUAUAGUAGUACAUAUUUGGUUCCCAGUGUAAAAUACAAAUGCGUGUGCUACGAAUGUAUUUGUAAGAAUAAAAAAAAUAUAUCGAA